AUGGCGAGGGAUAGUUGUCUAGCACGUAUUACGGCGGGCUUCGCCGUCGGCGGCGCAAUCGGCGGUGCUGUGGGCGCGGUUUAUGGAACUUAUGAGGCUGUAAGAUACAAGGUUCCGGGCCUUUUAAAAGUGCGAUAUAUUGGGCAGACGACGUUAGGUAGUGCUGCCGUAUUUGGGCUUUUCCUUGGAGCUGGAAGUUUGAUACAUUGUGGAAAAUCUUACUAG